AUGCCACCUUCUUCCACUCAACCCCUUCUCCUCUCGCCUUCGGAACUCUCUUACCUCCACACCUCACUAUCUCUCAACCCUCCAAUCCGCCCAGACGCCCGUACUUCUACUCAAUUCCGACCCCUCAUCGCAGAAUGUGAUGUUCUUCCUGGCACAAAUGGCAGUGCGCGCAUUUGUUUCGCAGAUGGUACUGAAGCUAUUGUGGGUGUGAAGUGUGAAGUUGAGAAAUCGCGUCCGACUUAUCAAGGUGCUGAAUUCGGCACUUCGGAAAAUGAGGAUGAUGAAGAAGAGGAUGGAGAUAUGAGGGAAGCGAUCGAAAAAGAGAAGUUGGAGAGGGAACAGAAGGGAGAAAGAGAUUGGCUGGAGUUGAGCGUCGAGAUUCCGGGGUUUAGGGAUGAUGAUAGUAUGCCUGUUUUUAUGGCAGCUAUGUUGAGCGAGGCAUUGUUGGCAGAUGCGGAUUUUACGGGGAGAUUAUGGAUUAAUUCGAGGUUUCAUUGGAAGAUAUAUGUUGAUAUUUUACUACUUUCACAACCACUAUCCUACCCAUUACCCCUCCUCUCGCUAACAACCCAUCUCGCACUCCUAUCCACUCGCCUCCCUCGUCUCAAAUCCGAAGGCGAUGAAGACCCUCUCUUCGACGAUGAUUGGGAAGCCUCCGUCUAUUUGUAUCCUCGAACACCACAGUCGACCAAUUCCCGACCACCAAUCACACUCCUCGUCAUAUCCGUAGGCGAUAAUAUAAUUUUCGACCCUAGCAAAGAGGAACUUACAGUUGCUGAAGCUGUAUUAGCUAUCACAAUUGGAGAAAAAAGACGGAAGGACGGCGACGUGGAUAUGGAUUCUAGUGUUGCGAGAGAUUUGAGGUUAUUGGCUGUGAGGACUGUGGAUUUACCAGCUAGAUUGACGACGCCUGGUGUACCGAAUACGAUGAACACUGCUACUGGAGGUGCGGCGGCUGAGACGACGGAUCUAGCAUCUACUCAGAGGGAGACAAUGAAGGAAGGAGGCGUUUGGCAACCACCGAGAGGGGGAAUUAAGAGGAAACUGGUUGCGACCAUCAUCGCAAAGGUCAUGGAGCGCGGCGGCGUGGCAGAAGAGGUAUUGGAUGGAUUAGAGAAUGUGGAGCUGGCCUAG